AUGAAGUCAUUCCUUUUGGCUGCGCUAGCAGUUCUGAUCACCUUUGCAACCAAGGUGGUUUCUGCCCCUACGCCUGCUUCAGUUGACAAUGCCUGCAUUGGAACUAGCUGCGUCUACCCUGCUGGAGGCGCUGAUCAUUCUACUCAUCAACCCUCAGUCUUCAAGAAUGUUCUUAUCAAUGCUGGUGACCACGGCUUAGAAGCAAUGCCAGUCAAGACCCUUGACCAAGACACAGCGCAAGCUGACAACAGUAUGUGGGCGUAUCCAUGCCACGAAGGAUGUCCUCGUGGAUUCGAGGUGAUUAACCUCGGUGGCGGCUGGUGUGCAUGCCGUGGUGGCAUUCGUAGCGAGAAACGUGAUGCCGAUCUUGCCCCACAAGUAAUGAAGGACCCUGGCCGGUUUCCAUUCGACCCUCGCGUCCAUUGCACUAAUACUCUGAAAGGUCGCUGUUCGAACGGACAAGCUGGUCUCUGGGACAGGCGCAAUGGCCGUUGCUUCUGCGGAUCAGCUAAAACUGUCGUUGACCUUGUCACUCGGAAAGAACAGAGCGUUUCACAAGAUGCAGUUGACCGCGAUGGGACAUGUGCGGACACGAUGGGGGUUCAUUGUGCCAAUGGAACGGUUGGUGUAGGGGACAAUGACAGGCAGCGGUGUUGUGAAACAACAUCCACGAACUCAACAAGGCCUGAUGGAAAUGCCACUACAAGCGACACGCUCACUAGCCGCCUUUUGCCACAGCCUCUCAAGUAUCCCACCGGCAUCUCCCUUGCUGAUUGGAACGCCAUCAUUGUCACUUUGGUGCUUCUUGAUGAGACGCUCAAGUCACAAACGGAUUUUGGCCAAGUCUGUACCGGAGAGAAGGAUCUUCAAGCUUUUGGUUUUCAACUCGAGAUCUUCUCCAAGAUUUGCCAACCUGAAAUCACCAUGCCUGUUGCACAACCCGAGAUCGCCAAGGCUCAAAAGAGGGUCUAUUCAGCGCUCUGGAUCGACACCAUCUUGGAAAGACACCACAACGGCGGCCUCUACGACUUCUAUGGUGCGUGUGAGGAGGCGAAGGUACCUGACGCGGUUCCGUCCACUCUUGACAAAGAGUAUAUUCUCUCUCAACUCUGCUACAUGGGCCAUUGA